AUGACCGACAACGUCUAUAGCCUCCCUCGUGGCUCACGCAUCCUGGUCACUGGCGCCAACGGGUAUAUCGGUAGUCAGAUUACCCAGAGCCUUCUCGAGCUUGGUUUCAAAGUCCGCGGCAGUGUACGCGCUCCCAAGCCAUGGCUGGAUGAGCUGUUCCAUCGGCAGUUUGGUCCGGACUCGUUUGAGACCGUUAUUGUACCUGGCCUCGAGAAUGUGGACACUCUCGUCGAGAUUAUGCAUGGACUGUCUGGUGUGAUUCAUGUGGCAUCGGACGUCUCUUUCGAUAUCAACCCGGACAAGGUAAUUGGCGGUGUUGUUCGAGGAACUCAAAAUAUCUUGAAUGCUGCUUCCAGGCAUCAGUCUAUUCAGAAGGUUGUUUUAACCUCUUCCUCAACGGCUGCAUUGGUGCCGGUGCCGGACCAAGAAGGAGUCCAAGUCGAUGAACAUACCUGGAAUGAAACAUCUGUCAAGGCCGCUUGGGAUGGCAGUGCCGUGGCGGAUGGAAAUGCAUAUACCAUUCUUGCUGCCUCCAAGACACAGGGAGAGCGAGCGGCUUGGGAUUGGAUCCGUGAGAACAAGCCAGGUUAUGAGUUCAAUGCCGUGCUGCCCAAUUUCACAACGGGGAGAAUCCUUCAUACAGAAAUGCGAGGCUCCACGAUGGGUCUGGUGCGCUCUCUUCUAAAGGGAGACAAGGCUCUAUUCGGGUUAUAUACUCCCCAGUACUUUGUGGAUGUCCGGGACACGGCCCGUCUCCAUACUAUUGCCUUGCUUGACCCGGCCAUUGUCUCCCAACGGCUCUUUGCUUUUGCUGGGCCCCGGAAUCUGACUGAGAUUAUCUCCACACUCCGCAAGCUUCGACCCGCCAAUACGCUGAUCCCUGAUCCUCCUGCGAACGAUAGUCAUGACUUGACUGAGGUGCUUCCCUCAAGCAAAUCCGAGAAGCUGCUCGAGGAAUUCUAUGGGCAGAAAGGGUGGACCUCGUUUGAAGAAAGCCUUGCGGCAGGGAUUGAGGAUAUGUGA